UAAAAAUGGAAUAUGGAACUGAUUAUAAAGUUUGCCCCAAGUGCUGUGGCUUCUAUUCUCAAAGUGCAUUACGUCAUCAUUUCAAAGUAUGUUCGAAUGAGGUUAAUAAAGGAAGCAGAAAUAUUUUUGUCAUGGGACGUCAAAUUACUGGCAGAAUUCACAAAUCGGCUUGUAAAAUGCUGCGAAAGAUUAUCUUCCCUGUACUUCGAGAAGACAAAGUGGUGCGCUUAAUUCGAUAUGAUUAUUUAAUUAUAGCGUUUGGAAACAAAAUGUGUGAAAAAUAUAGCGUGUAUCAGCAUCAACAUGACAUGAUUAGAGCACGGCUGCGACUACUUGGAAGAUUUUUACAACAAGUAAAAGAACUUGAUAAAAACAUAACAGAUAUGGCUUCUGUUUUUCAUCCCAAGUUUUAUGAGGUUACUAAACAUGCAAUUAAAAUAAUAGCUAAUUUCAAUGAAGACACUAGGACGUACGCAACUCCAUCUAUAAUGACGAGUUUAUUUUCAUUGCUGAAGCAACUUGGUAAUCGUCUCGUUACAUUAACAAUUCAAAUGGAGCAAAAGGAUAAGCAAAUUGAAGUCGAAUACUUUUUAAAGUUGCUAUUAGAGGAUUAUGGAGCAAGUAUGAAUAAGGCUGCUGUCGACACUACUAUGGAUAUCAGAAGAACAAACAAGGAACGCCUAUCUCUUCCUUCUAAACAGGAUAUUUCAAAAUUGACAAUUUUAAUUUUUCAAAUUGGCAAGGAUUGGCAGAAGUUGUCCUAA